CGAAAAAAGAAAAGAGAGAGAGAGAGAGAGAGAGAGAGGAGAAAAGGAGAAAAUUAUUUAACAUGGGAUCUACGAAAACUUUCCAUCGUUUUUCCAGUUUUCCUUUGUUUUCCAAUCAUCCAAACACAAAGCAAAAUCAACUUCUUUUAUCUAAUUCCCUUGUCCCUUCACCAAUUGCCCGCGUUUUAACUUCUUCUAGGGUUUCUUAACCUUCCAUUUCAUUUUCAAGGCGGCGGUAAGCAAAGUUCUAGAGUUUGUGGCGUUUUUUGUGAAAAAUUAUCAAAAGCAUGAAACCUUAGAUCUUGUGGGCAUCGCGGAAUUUUAAAGAGUUCGACCUAAAUUAAUUCAAGUUCUUCACAAACAUACACAAGGUUCCACUUGGUGCAGUGACCAUAGCUGGCUCCUCCUCUGGGUUUUAGGUGCAAUGUUGAUUUGUCUUUGAUCUAUUGGUGUGUUUCCCAAAGCUAAGACAUAAGGGGCUUCCCUUUGUCAGGUGCUUUAUAUAAUCCUUUUGGGUUCAAAAUCAUUACUUCACUAAUUGACAGCUUAAAAAGGGAUUUUGCUGGCAAUGUUGCUGUUCUAUCAAGAAGAAAAUUGUUUCCAUUUCUAUGUUGAUUAAUUAUACUGCUUUUCCUUGGAAGCAUUUUCUAUUCUGUUUAUUGCAUGGAGGGAGCCCUUUGAAUCACGUCAGACUGUUGCUUCCUUCAUUUCUUGUAUUCAUGGCUGAUCAUGCUUUAGUGGUAGCUGAUACUUCGCAUGCCCUUGUAGAGCAUUCAUUAGUUAUCGGGCAGGAAUUUCCUGAUGUUGAAACUUGCAGAAGAACCUUGAAAGAUAUUGCUAUAGCCCUGCAUUUUGACCUUAGGAUAGUGAAAUCUGAUCGCAGCCGAUUUAUAGCGAAGUGUUCCAAAGAAGAUUGUCCAUGGCGCAUCCAUGUAGCAAAAUGUCCUGGAGUUCCAACUUUCUCAAUUAGAACUCUGCAUGGGGACCAUACAUGUGAAGGGGUCCACAACCUCCAUCAUCAGCAAGCAUCAGUGGGUUGGGUUGCAAGAUCUGUAGAAGCACGUAUUCGGGAUAAUCCACGGUGCAAACCAAAAGAAAUACUGCAAGAUAUCCGUGAUCAGCAUGGAGUUGCUGUUUCUUAUAUGCAAGCUUGGCGUGGAAAGGAACGAAGUAUGGCUGCACUUCAUGGGACUUUUGAAGAAGGGUUUCGCCUUCUUCCCGCAUACUGUGAGCAAAUAAGGAAAACCAACCCUGGAAGUGUUGCAUCAGUUUUUGUUGCUGGACCAGAAAAUUGUUUCCAGCGCCUCUUUAUUUCUUACCGUGCGUCUAUCUAUGGGUUUAUAAAUGCUUGUAGACCGCUUCUGGAACUUGAUAAGGCAGAUCUGAAAGGAAAAUACUUGGGUACAUUACUUUGUGCUGCAGCUGUUGAUGCUGAUGAUGCUUUGUUUCCUUUGGCAAUUGCUAUUGUUGAUGUGGAAAGUGAUGAAAAUUGGAUGUGGUUCAUGUCAGAGUUGAGGAAACUUCUUGGUGUAAACACUGAAAACAUGCCUAGACUAACAAUACUAUCUGAAAGACAGCGAGGCAUUGUAGACGCGGUAGAAACCCAUUUUCCAAAUGCUUGUCAUGGUUUUUGUCUACGUUAUGUCAGUGAAAAUUUUCGUGAUACAUUUAAGAACACAAAGUUGGUUAAUAUCUUCUGGAAUGCUGUUUAUGCUCUCACUGCUGUUGAGUUUGAGAGCAAAAUUGCUGAAAUGAUAGAGAUCUCGCAGGAGGUUAUACAAUGGUUUCAAUUCUUCCCUCCCCAGCUUUGGGCGGUAGCUUAUUUUGAAGGAGUGCGAUAUGGCCACUUUACACUAGGCGUGACUGAGUUGUUGUAUAAUUGGGCCCUUGAAUGUCAUGAGCUCCCCAUUGUGCAAAUGAUGGAACAUAUUCGCCAUCAACUAACCUCUUGGUUUAACAAUUGUCGUGAAAUGGGAAUGAGAUGGACAUCAAUUCUUGUGCCAUCUGCUGAGAAGCGGAUUUCAGAGGCAAUUGCAGAUGCUCGUUGCUACCAAGUACUUAGAGCAAAUGAAGUUGAAUUUGAGAUUGUCUCAACCGAGCGGACAAAUAUUGUGGAUAUUAGGAGUCGUGUGUGUUCCUGUCGCCGGUGGCAGCUGUAUGGUUUACCUUGUGCACAUGCUGCGGCUGCACUUAUUUCUUGUGGGCAGAAUGCUCAUCUGUUUGCUGAAGCUUGUUUCACAGUGGCAAACUACCGUGAGACCUAUUCACAGAUGAUAAAUCCUAUACCGGAUAAGAGCAUUUGGCAGGAGCCCGGUGAAGGAUCUGAUGGUGGAGUUGCCAAGCUUGAUAUCACAAUACGCCCUCCAAAAACUCGCCGGCCACCCGGCAGACCAAAAAAGAAAGUUCUUCGUGUAGAGAACUUGAAGCGCCCGAAGAGAGUUGUUCAAUGUGGUAGAUGCCAUUUACUAGGACAUUCUCAAAAGAAAUGCACAAUGCCAAUUUGACCCUAUUUAGCUUCUUUUUCUGUUUUCUUUUUCCCUUUUCUUUUACCCUUAAAUAUUUUCUCCUGAAAUUCCAGUAGAAUCUGUGGCGUGUUUGUAAUCUUAUUGUAUGUUUUUAAAAUCCUAGUUGCAGAAUAAGAUUCACUGCUUUUUUUUUUUCCCAAUUGUCCGUCGAUCCUGUGCUCUUUGCUGCAACUUGUUCCUGUUUUCCAUCUGGUUUUCCUUCCAUGAGCACAUAGUAAUUAAAUUAUUGUCAUCUUUUGUUUGAAAGAUUUAAUGUGCUUUAUUUAGUUGUUUCUAUUUUUACAGGUCUAUCAGAAUUGACAGUUACGUGUAUAGAGAACUUCAUGAUCAACUUUUGCUGUAUUUAUUGUAACGUUUCUGGAAUUUCUUUUGGAAUUCUGUAGGGGUCAAGUCUUUACCUUUUGAUAGGUCAUUUUCUCAUGUAAGUGCUGAUGUUACGGGUCGAGAUUUAAGCUUCAAACUCACG